CUGUUUUUGUAGUUCGGCCAGGAGUUCGCCAAGGCAACGGUCAAUAUUCCUGCACUACAUGAGAGUUCCGUCUUAAUUUAGUUUAUAUCUUGACAGUGACUGAGCGUUUAGUUACACUGACUCACUCGACGACUUUUAACCACCGGCUAUCACUGUCAACAGCUGGACUUGUUACCAACGACCAGUAACGUUAGUACUUUAAGCUAACGUUAAUCUGCUGUCCGUUAGUAAACAUUACGUUAAUUGUUUGUUCUGUAACGACAGUUUUUGUAUUUAUUCGACAGACACCUGUUGCUGACACAGUCAUCCAGCGAAACCGAAAAGAAAGGGAUUUUACUCUCGGGCAACGUUAGCUAAAGCUUCUUAAAAACAUUGUAUGUCUGAAUUGUAACGUUACCAAUGUAGCCAACGCUAAGCUAAGUCCUUAAGAGCUAACAUUUUGUCAAGUUUCGUUGUCACAGUAUUCAAGGUUUUAUGUAAUAAAACACAUACAUGCGACAAUAGAAAAUGGGGGUAGUGUAAAGUAAUGUUUGCUGAUAGUAUAUGAGUGGUGGUCUUGUGCUGAAAGGGGGAAAAGGUGAUGUCUGAGGUCAGGGUUAACUUGUAUGAACAGGAGGCAGGGACAAACUGUGACCAGGGUGGACCCUCUCCUGACCCUGUGAAAUCCCCCACUGUGGAAGCUUCUGGGCCUGACCUGCAGGGUCUUCUGCCUGCGGGUCCCCCAUCCUCAUCAGAUGUCAGUCCCUCACCCUCCACUGAGACAAGUGGCUUGUUGUCAUUACCAUGGGAGAUGGUGACCCACAUUGCCUCACACCUUCCUGCUCAGUGUGUCAUCACUGUGCUGCCAAAGGUCUGUCAUGCACUGGGCAAUGUGGGUAAGGACAACACCGCUUGGCAACUCAGGGCACGCAGACUAAUAGGAUCCCGAGCUGGCUUCCCAGUGGGGCCAAGGGAGGACUUUGACUGGCCUUCCGCAUGCCUAGAGAUGGAGCAGCUGAUAACCUGCUGGACAGGACAAGCACACCUUGUGGCCAGACAGACCCAGGAGGAUGCGGGUGAAAGGGACCAAGUGAGGCAGCAGCAAAGGGCAGGGCAGGAUGGGGAAGCCAUAGCAGAAGCGCAGGAAGAUGGUAGAGAGGAUGAGGUGGAAGGGGUGGGAGUGGAAGCGCAGGAGGUUGCGUAUGGUGUUGAUGAAGGGAUGGAGGUGGCAAUGGAUGGUGAGGAUGAGGAAAUGCAGCCCAUCAUUGCAGGUGGAGAUCAACUGGCACGAUUGAGAGAGGAGUUUGAAGAGAGGCUGGAGGAUGAUGCAGCAGCACUAAUGGAAGAAGAAAGGGACCGCGCAAUGGUGUUUGGUGGUAACGAGGGGCAAGGUGGUGCUCUUAAUCACCAAGAAGACUUGGUGGACCCCAGGAAUCUGGGUAAUGGAAGACAGGGAGCAAUGGAGCAACGUCAAACCCCCAGAAGUCCUAGCCCACCUCCAGCGCUGGAGUGCAUCACCCUACCUUCAGGCCACAUUGCCCAGGUCAACUCAGUGCUCCUUGUGGGGGGAGCGGGGGCAGUUUGUGCCACAGGCUCCAGAGACUGGAAUGUUAAACUGUGGGAUCUACAGGCAGGCCCUAGUGGCACGCUGCUGCAUACAUUGGGAGGACAAGGUGACUUCAGCACUCAUCGGGGCUGGGUGUGGUGCCUGGCAUCUCAGGGGCCUCUGUUGGCCUCAGGCGGGUUCGACAGUACGGUGAGGCUGUGGGACCUACAGGCCGGUGGUGCAGAGAGGGGCCUGAUCAGGGCUGGAGCUGCUGUCCUCUGCCUGUCCUGUCAGACGGAUGUAUUGCUGGCUGGUACAUUUGACAAGAGGGUCAGCAUGUAUGACACCAGAGCUGCUGAGCCCCUGGUAAAAAGCCUCCGUCUCCAUGGUAACGCUGUAAUGUGCCUAGCUGCAGAUGACAAGUACAUCAUCUCUGGGAGCAAAGACUGCACUGUGGCCGUCUAUGACCGUAGGGCAGGCAAGGGCUUGAAGAAACUUCGGCUGAGCUCUUACCUGCUGUCCAUGAGCUACAGUGGCUGUGAGGUAUGGGCAGGAGACAACAGCGGCAUGCUCCACUCCUUUUCCAUGCAGGCGGGGACCCUAAAACCCCUGUCCCAGUUUGAUGUGGGACACACAGCUCUGGUCACUGGCAUCCACAGGUCCCCUGGGAGCCUCUACACCUGUUCAUCUGAUCGCACUGUCAAGGUCCAUAUCCCUUGUGCUCCUCCGAGGACGUUAUGCACACUGAAUCACCAAGCUGCAGUCAAUGGGCUCAGUGUGGAGGCUGGAGUCCUCGCCGUAGCCUCGGGGGAUGUGUCUGUGGAGGUCUGGAGGCCCAGAAAAUGAACACUUGAAAGCAGGUGGUGAGGCCACCUGAAGCCUAUUGACACCAUGCUGCUCUUUUAGCAUUUUGAAAUUUACAACAACUACAUAGCUCAAACAAAGAAACAGCUCUCUUGCUCUGCAGGCUGGCUUUAACAAGACAGAUGUUAGCAGUAACUGAUCAAAUGGACACAGGCAGGUAGGACUGGAAGUAAAGACAGUGGAGCUGUGUGUGGUACAUACUGUAUGGCCAAACUGAUUAUUUUAUUUUUCAGCUCUGCCAAACUGACAUGUUGGAAAUAGUCACUACCAGUUGUUUAAUUUAGUUGUAAUGCUGAUUAAUUUUUAAUCCAUUCUUCUUUGUUCUUGUGUUUAUGUAUUGUUACGUGGUAGAGGUGAAGUUGGGAAGGUUCAAACCACUUGCGUAUUGAGAUUAACCUUUUUUUUUUAUUCCUUGUUUGAUCCUGUUGGGAGAUUUCUUUAUAUUGUGAACACAAGAAAUGUGUUUGUUGUUAAUGUUUGUCUCAUUCACAUAUGUACCAUUUUGUGCCAGAACUCAAACCUUACAAAGACGUUUGUGGAAGUUUGUCUCUCCUCUUUUAGAUACUGUGUGUUUUUAUCGUGUUUACAUGCUCCAAAAUUCAUUCAAAGUCCAUUACUAUAACUGACAUCGUACCGAAAGCAUUAGUUACUUGUCAUGUACAGUGUAAUACUUAUAUCCAGGUCCUCUGUGACAUGCUGAUUGUAUUUGUAAAGCUAUUUAUUUGAACACUCUCCUCAGUGCUUUUCAAUAUGAUCUUUUUGUAGGUAUGUCUGCCGUGUGUGGUUAGGUUUAAAGGACUAUUUAAUUGCUUGUAUGAAUCUAACUAUUAAUAAUUUGCACAAUACUUGACUGAUGCAUUCAUUAAAACACAUUUAAAGACCAUUUCCAUAGAAGACGCCAUCAAAUGGCCUGAAAAUGUAGAGUCUGACUUGUUGGCUGAACGUGUUCGCUGUUCUGUUUGGAGUUACCACUGAACAGCUUUGUGGUGAAUGUUUGGACAAAGCAGAUAUUAAAAUUUCAAAUUGUUCACUUGAA